CCGGUUCGUUUUCCCGAUUGACUGACAGCAUGGUUGUCAGUUCAAAAGUCAGCGUCAGCGAUCCUAACCUCAAUCCGCUGAAUUGGAAGUGAGCGCGCGAGUUUGUUUACUGUAGAAUUUCUGCAAUUUUAGCAAUAAAUACGGAAUAUCCCCAGCAAUGGAUGAUCCAGAUUGUAUCUAUACUAUCUUCGAUAACAAGUGCAAAGCAGCCGGUAUUACCGGAACAUGGGUGACUCCGGAUACUCUCUCAGUAACAGCCUUCCGGCCAGUUCUCAGCAAUACCCGGGAUCAAGUGUCCAAAUACGUCAGCAAAGACAGCACCAAUAUUUAUCAUCUCAAGUUCCCAUUCAUCUUCUCUGAACCCAUCCUCACGGACUUUGUGGGAGAGACCUGUGCAAUUUUUCGCACUCUUCGCACUAUCAAGUCCUCAGAACAGAAGGUGGACUACGUAAAAAUCUCCCAGUCCUACAGGAGUACCAUUAGAACCUACCUGGAGAAACUUCAAGAUUCUAUAGCUUCAGCUUCAGAUGAGGCUCUUAUUGAAAGGCAUAAGAAUCUCAUAACGCAGCUCUACUACACAGAAUGCAUUUGGCACCUCUGUGAGAUUCUCUUCGUGGACAGAGUGGUGUCCGGGAUGAUUGUGCUGAAGCUGAUGGAAUGGAUUCGUUUUCACAUUCCACAAUCUGAGCGUCUGGCCACGGAAUUACUGAUAAAUGGACGGGAGGCAGAUUCUCAUGAAGAUUACUGGACUGUGGUGAGAGAUUUAAUUCUGCAGGGGCAAGUAGAAGUCGCCAGAGCACUCCUGAAAUUGCACUCUUCCUCUGAAAGCCUGACCUUCCAGAUCACCGAGCAAAUCCUCAAAGCAAUGCCGGUCUUCAAUAACUACGGAGGCCUCCCUAUCCAGAAAUUCCGAUCUCAGUGGCAAUAUUGGAUCACUGAUACGCGUUCUAAGUUAUCCACUGGUGUCCUGAUGGAACAACCAGAGCUAGAGACAAUCGUACUUCUAGCAAUUGGAGACGAAAUGGCAUGGACUGAACAGGCAAAAAUGUCCGAUUGCUGGUACGAAUACCUUCCAGGAUAUCUCUUCUAUACUGAACCUACGUGCAAGUUCUUUGAGUUGGGCACUUUUGCUGGACAGUGGCUCACGCGGUGGAUGGGAGCUCAUGGUCACAGGGAGUCUGUGGCUAUGAAACAGCUGGAUCGGGUGAUUCUGAGCGUAAUGGAGAAUGAUAUGCAUCAAGUUCUUCACGAUAUUCAAAAUAUCUAUGACAACAAAUGGUUUGUCACGCAUCUAACUGAUCUCCUUCAUUCCUGCGGCCAACUGGAAGUGAUUGGGGAGCAGCAAACAAAUGUUGCAAGUGAAUUGAGGGAUUCCCUGAUCUUCGAAUAUGGCUGCAUUUUGAUGAGUCAACGGGAGUUCUGGAUAUUUGGCAUGGAUUACUUGGAGUAUGGGCCACCUGAGGGAUUAGGUGCUGUAGAGAUUUAUCUCUCUAAACUGCCCAUAUAUUCAGAUGAUGAUGCUGAACAGAUUUUAAUAGCUGCCAAAGAGAAGGGAUUACCUUCUAUUGAGAGGGAUGUCUGUCGUGUUGUGUCAGCUCGGUAUCUGUCUGAAGGAGAUUUUGGGAAUGCUCUCGUUUGGGGUGUUCGAUCUCAAGAUAACAUCUACGUGACAUCUAUAGCGGAUAUCUUCCUAAAUUACUACUGCAAACAUGGAGAAAUUCUCUGUCCUGAGGUUCUUCCUCAGAUAGCUUCAAAAAUGUUUGUGUCACCUCGAUUAGUUUUCCUGGUGAAGUAUUACGAUUUCCAUCAGUUCUACAAGCGCAAGGAAUUUCCUCAAGCUGCAGAAUUGCUGAUCAAUCUUCUGGAUUCCCGGAUAACGCCUGAAUUCUUCUGGCCAACUCUCCUGGCGGACACAAUCCCACUUCUGGAAUCGAGUGACCCAAAAAUUCCCUCAAAGGAAACCACUCAAAUAAUCCAUCAUCUUGAAGCUGAAUUUCUGCCACUUGUGGAGAAAGUGAAGCAAAUCACGGCCAUUGGCGGAGAGAUGAAGACCCCAAUUCUAAAUCACACUCGUUUUCAGGACAUAGAGGAACUCAUUAAAUUACUCCGCAUGGCAGCUGCCAGAAACCUAGCUCGAAUGCUGAUCAUUGAAAACACUGUCCUCUAGGAAGACAUUUUCUUUAUAAAUUACACUAAUUUUAUUUUUUUUUCAUAUCGAUGUUUUUAUCUCAUGAAAAUAAAGGAGAAAAUGCGGAAGAGAUAAA